AUGAAUCUCGAAGCGUACGUUGAAAGUCAGCGCGGAUUUUGUGUUGACGUGUUCAAUGCAUUGACUACUACUGAUACUAAAGAAAAGAACAUAAUGUUCUCGCCUUACAGUCUGAGUAAUGUCUUGUUUAUGUUGCAAGUAGGUGCUCGUGGAUCUACCGCCAAACAGAUUAAAACGUGUCUGAAAGUUGUAGAUUGUAAUGAUUAUCAUCUCAAAAACAGAUCUUUGCAGAUGGCGUUAACGCCGAAAGAAGGUGAGAAGAAAUACGCGUUACGUACAUUCAACACCAUUUUUGCUGACGGUCAGUACAAAAUCGAGAAUGAUUAUAUGGACCUUAUCGAAGCGUUUUACGGCGGUGGAUUCUAUUCGGUCGAUUUCAUGAAUAACGCUGUCAGUGUGUGCACCGAGAUAAAUAAAUGGGUGUCUCGCAACACGGACGGCUUAAUCACCGACCUCAUAUCGAACCUCGAUUCAAUGGUGAAACUUGUUAUCGUCAAUGCAAUAUAUUUCAAAGGAAAAUGGGAAACUACUUUUAAUCCGCUUUAUCCAACCCUCCAACCAUUUCGCACGAGUGAUGGUCUGGUAAAGAAGGUCGACAUGAUGUUUCAAUCAACACAUCUCAGAUAUUACCGAGAUACGGAUUGUCAAAUUCUUCAAAUACCUUAUGAAUAUGGCGCAUCGAUGUACAUUAUCCUCCCAUCAUCGUCGCAGAAUGACACCACCAUGAUGCAAAUAUUAAUGACGGCAGAUAGAUUGGCGAAAUGGAACCAAAUAUUUGCGAAAGCGUACAGAUCUCUAAUCAACUUAUGGUUACCUAAAUUAAAGAUCGAUUACACGUUCCCGCUAAAGGAAAUUAUGAUGAAAUUGAACAUGACGGACAUGUUCGACGCGAGAAAAGCAAACUUAUCGGGAUUAGCAGUACAUUUACACGUAACUGACGGUAUUCAAAAAGUUGUUUUAGACAUCGACGAAGAAGGGACAGUGGCAGCGGCCGCUAGUGCAAUGUCGUGUGGAUUGCUUUGCUCUAGACCACAACCUAUUGAUUUCAAAGUCGAUCGCCCGUUUUUGUUUAUGAUACGAGACGACGCAACGGGUCUAGAUUUGUUUUUAGGGAGUGUUACAGAUCCCGACACGAAAUAA